UCUAUGGUCACACGGCAUCAGCUCCAACAACAAUAAUAGAAAUAAAUUAAAUCAAUUGGGCGAAUUAAACUAUUUUAGUCGCUGCGUGACUGGAGGGAACUUGAUGAGAAGCAGGAGGGGAUUGCCGUGACGAAUGGCGGCAGUGCGUCCCAUGGAAGGCCAACGCGCAAACGUGUUCCUGCAGAAAUGUACGCGAUAGAGCAUGUGCAUUGCGACUAAUCCAAAGAGUCCCCCUGUGGUCAUAACGCAACAAUAACCAACCCAGAGCAAUCCCAGGAAAGGUCCUACUCACCAGAGAUUCCGAAUCCCACCACCCACCCUUAACCAUGGACGAAGACAUCCUGAACGCUGUGGAGUCCCUUUUCGGCAAGGAUGUAAAGAUUGUUGACUGCGAAACAUCCUCGUCGCUGCAGCAGGAGGAGGUCCUGCUGGUCAACGGAGUGCCCGUCAAGUUGGAUGGCCUGCCGGCGGACGAUGCGAGUGCCAUCAAGGCUGCUUUGCUGGACGGUCAAAUGCCCUCAGUGGAGCACCUUAACCAGCUGCUGUUCCGCGCCGGAUUAGCACAACAGCCCAUCGAGGUGGAGACUUCGUUGACCGUUAAAUCGUCACUCACCACUACGGAGGAGGUGCUGGUUUCCCGCAACGGGCAGAUUCUGGACGAGCGCACCGUGGAGACAAAGGAGAACUUUAAUCAUCAGUCUCACCAGAAGGAAAUAUGGCACCCUGUCAAACAACAUACGGCACUGGCACGUGCCACUCCAGAAAAUGCCCUCAAAUACCGAACCACUUCGAAUUCCACAUUCGCCUCGCAGGCCUCGGACUCGGACGGUCGCCCGGCUGAUCCCUUGGGCCGCCAGCUGAACCAAACCUUCUCGAAUGCAUCUCUUAUGUCCAGCAGCUCGGCCAUCACUGGAUCCGACCAGGUCAUCGGAUCCGUUUCAUCCACAACAAUUGGGGACAAGAGCUCGAAUAUAAGCAGUUGCGACUCCGGACAUGAUGGCCUUUUCCACAGCGUGUCCAUGAGUGCGCCCUGGUCGCAUCCUCGCGAUACUCUGACAGACUCCAUGUACUGCGACAUUCCCAGCUCCGCAGACGAGGCAGAUGCGGUGUCUAUCCUGAACACCCAAUUGCAGAUCACAGAGCCAUCCGAUUGCCAAACACCGCCAGUUUACGCCAAAGACAUGCCCAAGGAGGGCAGCCUGGACUCGCUAGUCAGCCUGCUAAUCAGUGGAAAUGAGGAGGAUGUGGAGUUUGCCUUUUUCACAUCGGCCCGUUUGUUUUCUCCACCUCAUGAGCUGCUUUCCAAAAUCAUUGCCAAGUGCCAGGGCAAGGAGGAAAUUCUACUCCGUCUGCUUAACCACUGGCUCAAAGUCUGUCCAGGCGACUUUUGCCUUGAAAUAGUGCUCCAAAAGCUGGAAAAGAAGCGGGAAGUCAAGGGAAUGGCUGCUUUUUUGGAAGGCGUUCCGCAAUCCCUGGCUCUAAGGGCCGAAAAGGGAAGAAGUCAAUUACAGUAUUUGGUGAUCAAGCAAUCUUCUGCCAGCUCCUUGGGACGUCAGAGCAGUAUUAAGUCUCUUAAACGGUUUGCAGCCAAUGUGUACAAAACGGACAAUGUGCUAAACAAUUGCAGCAGUGCCUUUGAGUUGGCACACCAACUGUAUGCCAUUGAGUACGCAUAUCUGUCACAAAUACGCCUUGAAGAGUUUGUGGAAAUGCUAGAAAAGGAUGAGCUAAAGUCCUGCAUGACUCAAACCAAGGCUGGCACCUUGGGUUCAAAUCGCUCUAUCCAGGUGACAAUUGACAGCUAUGUGCAAUGGUUUAACCACCUGAGCUUCUUCACUGCCACGGAAAUUCUUAAGCUGGGCAAAAAGUCUCAGAGAGCACAAAUGAUUGACUUCUGGGUAGAAACAGCUCUGGAAUGUUUCAACACAGGCAACUUUAACAGCUUGAUGGCCAUUCUUACUGCAUUAAACAUAACUGCCAUAGCACGCCUAAAGAAAACGUGGUCAAAAGUGCAGACGACUAAGUUCGAGGGCUUGGAGCAUCAAAUGGACCCCAGUUCAAACUUUCUUAACUACCGAUCCACCAUGAAGGCAGCUGUUUGGCGUUCGGAAAGGGAAAUGGCGAACAAAAUAGAGCGCGCCAUAAUUCCCUUCUUUUCGCUGUUUCUCAAGGAUUUGCAUGCCAUCAACGAGAGCCACCAAACAAAAUUGGCCAACGGCAACCUUAACUUUGAGAAGUGCCUACUUUUGGGCACCCAACUGAGAAACUUCAGCAAGUGGCAACGACUGGAGUGUCCCUAUGAGCAGCUGGCGAAUGUGGUAUCUUAUCUUCUUAAGGCGGAGGUGCUAACGGAGGAUCUUCUCAUGAAGGCCUCUUACGAGUGCGAACCGCCUGAAAACGGCGAGGAAAAGGAUCACUACAAAACUUUGAAGGCGGGGAAGAAACCGAACACAUAAUCACCAAUCAUUAACGACAAUCCUCGGGAUAGUGCAACAUAACAUACAAAAGCAUAUAAAAAAACAAUGCAAUAAGCCUCGCACACUUUCGUUGGCGUUCCAUAAUCACAUUUUGCAUUUGUAUCGCGUUAAAACAGUAACAAUAAUAAUUCUUACACUUCCAUUGUGUUUGUUAAUUUGUACUUAAGCUUAGACGACGAUAUAUAUUUAUUUGCAACCGAUUUAUAUAUACAAGUGACGGGCAUUUAAUUAGAAACACCAAAAAUAUGCAUACAAUUACUAAAGUAAUGUUUUAAAUGUUGUAUUUUAGCAGUUAAAUACCCCCCGAAAAUACACAAAAAUAAAAGACUUCGAAUAA